AUGGACUUUGUAUAUGAGUACUCAGAUGCUACCCCUAGUGGCACAUUUGAUGACCCAUUGCCUGCAGAGCCCGAACCACCAUUCAAUUUGUCAAACUUAAACUCGUACAAAGAUGAUUUGACUAAAAAAUUCUCCAAAAUGAGCAUUCUGAAAAGUCUGAAAAAUGACACCAAUUCAGUUGACGAUGUCGACGACUCACAAUCGAUCUCCAAUGACGGGCAGAGGGCUUAUAAAUACGCCAAUCAGUCUCUGGAUCUGGUUAACCAGCACACCACUAAUAAAUCAAUCAGAACCACCAGCGAUGAACAACCUUCGGUGUCCACUGUUUUGAGCAACAGACUGAGCAGAGUGCUCAAUAAUACUAAUUACGACCCUUCAACCAAGGAACUACUCUCCAUUGUGGAGAAGAAAAUAAAAGAAGAUACGGCGCAUGAAUACGACAAAGUUACUGACCCAAGUUUUGUUGGAAACCUUGCUAGAAGAAAGUUGCGUAACGACAUUGAACAUGAUGUUGUAGAUGCCAACUUCAAUUUCUUGAAACAAUUGCAACCCUUAAGAAAGACCUUGGGCCAGAUUGAAAGUGACUUGAAUGAAAUGAACGAGCUCAACAAUCAAAUCACUGAAAAGUUGUCCUCUAGAGUUGAAGAUACCACUAGGUUGGAUAAUUCCAUACACGAGUUGCAUGCAACUUCCAAGAUUAUUUCCAUCAAAAAGAAGCUUUUGCAGAAUUUCCAGAACCGCUAUACUCUCUCCCAUUUCGAAGCACAUCAAUUAGAGUUUGGUGAAAUUGACGAUUCCUUUCUAGAAAUACUGAAAAAAGCUGAGUCAAUUCAUGAUGAUUGUUCAAUUUUGUUAACCAUGGAGAAUGCUACUGUGGGUAUUAAUAUUAUGAACGACAUGAAAAAGCUUUCCAAUAAUGCCAUCGACAGAUUGUCGACAUUUGUCACCAAACAUUUUUCUAGGUUAAGUUCGUCCAACAAUACCUCCGCCUCCAUAGAGGAUAAGGCAUUCCUGAAAAGAUCUAUACUCUUCAUUUCCGAAAGAUACCCGGAGCAGCUCUCUGGAAUCACCAACCAAAUAGUCGAAUCAAGGUCAAAGUCUUUGCUUGACGAGUUCCAAAUACAAUUGAAUGGUUAUGCAGAUUCAGCAUCAAGAAACGAAAGGGAUGUUAAUAAACCAUUGUUCCUUUCCGCAUAUGAUUCAGAAAGGUUUCUCGGAGAUUUACUUGCUUAUAUUCAUGGCACAAUUGUUAAUGAAAGAGAAACCGUCGAAAGCUUGUUCAGUUUGCAAGAUGAGGAGAAAGAUAAUAUCGUUUUGACAACACUCGUAGAGUCAAUUGUUUCAAAGAACAUCGAAUCUCUAGCUACCCCCCUGAAUUUAAAGAUUGAACAGAUCAUCAGAAAUGAGUCUAAGCUGACAGCGAUCCAAGCUUUUUAUGACCUGCUCUCACUUUAUUCCAUGAUGCUUGAAAAAACUUUAGGUUCUAAGAAUGCCCUUUUGAGUACAAUCAACUCUUUAAAAGUUUCGGCUUUGGGUAAGAUUCAAAGUUCAAUCAACAUUAAACUUAAAAACAUAGAGCGGACUGCCAAUGAGAGCAUGUCAUAUUAUAAUGAAGAUGAACAACUAGAUGGUACAAACCACAACUUUGUUUCAGAAACUCAUUACAUUGAAGAAAUCACACCUGAGCUAGCUGUGCCUGAUUGGUUGAUCAAUUUCUAUGGUGACGUACUUCCCAUCUUUGAUAAUGAAAAGGUGACAAAUGCCAAAGAACUGUAUGAGGAUUUACUCAAAUACUGUUUUGAACAAAUCAUUCAACUUAUCGAGAAACAAAUAGCUCAGAAUAAAUUGAAUGAUGCUAGAGAGAUAUUGAUUUUCAAAUCAAACUGUUACGAUUUUGUUUAUUCCAAAAUUGUGACCCUGAACAUCUUUAAGGAGAAACUGGAUCGAUUAGAGGUAAUGAUAAAGGAAUGCGAAUCAAAAUUGACCGAAAUUCAGUACACUUAUCUUCUCAAACAAUCAGGGUUAUAUGAUAUUCACAACCUUGUCAACAUGAUAUCCUCAACUAGGGAAGAUUUCUUUGACGUCUCCGUUUAUGAACCAAUUACGGAGAACUCACUAUUCAAUGGUGACAAAUUCAAAGAAAUAUCAGAUCGCCUUCAAGAUUUUCUUCCAAUUGCAUUAAUUGAUUACCAAGAGGAGCGAUUGUUGUAUCUAUUACCUCCCACGCUUGUUAACUCUAUCAUUCAAAACUCCUCUGUGGAUUUUGUCAACUUUUAUUUCAAAUUAUCGUUGAUCGUGAAGGAAUAUUUGAAAGCCAGUGAAGGAUGUCUCAGAUGGGAUGACAUGGAGGUUGCUACCUUACUUAGUUGCGAGAGUGCCUACAUAAAGCAAAAGCCGGAUAUUGAAGAGUCAUGA